GUUUCGACAUUUUUUGAGAAUAAAUAACUGCAAACUUGUUUAAUAUUUGUAUAGAUCUAGGUUCUAUAGAUCUAUAUAUAUUAUAUUUAAAUUAAUAGACAGUUUGCAACAUGUAAGCCUAUCAAUUAUAUCUACCAACCCUACAGCAAAGACUUCGAAACACUUUUUAGUUGCAGCUUUACUCGUAGCCGCCAGCAAUGUCAAGUAUGGCUCCUGUAAACGUUCGAGUGAAUCCUAUUGGGAUUUUAGUGUUCGUCGGGGGUUUAACAGUUGCACUGUUUUAUUUGUUCGGUAUGCCCGAUUUAUUUAGAAGGGAGCAAAGAAUCAGCAUGAAAGAGCUUUUAACUGUCAGCAUUGGUCUUGCUCAACGAGGCGGAUUACAAGUGAAAGAGAUUCACAGCAAACACAAAGUUGACGGAUCUUCGAAAGGAAAAACAAAAGAAGGUGCCGACGAAAUGCUAACCAACGGCGAUUUAGAGUCCCAUAGAGCCAUUUUUUACGGAUUUUCAAAAAUAUAUCCCAGCAUAAAGGUUGUCUCUGAAGAACAUGAUAACAAGCCUGUAGAUUUUAACCAAAUAUCUGCUGUUGCAACCAAGUCAGAGGAAGUUGAUGAAAUUAUUAAAAGUGACCAAUCUAUACCUGUGAGUAGAAUUGCCAUUUGGAUUGAUCCACUUGAUGCAACUCAAGAGUAUACAGAAAGCUUAACCCAAUAUGUAACAACUAUGGUGUGUGUUGUAGUUGAUGGUGAGCCUAAAAUUGGGGUCAUUUAUGUUCCCUUUCAAGAUGAAACAAUUUGGGCUUGGGAUGGAUAUGGCCACUCUAAGAACUUGAAGCAACGUGACAGCACAGAGAAAUUAAACACCCAAAAGCAUAGCAUAAUUGUCUCUAGAAGCCAUCAAGGUGAUAUAGAAGCAGUGGCUAAAGGUGCUUUUGGUGAUAAUGUAGAAAUCAUUACUGCUGGAGGAGCAGGUUACAAAACAUUAGAAGUGAUAAAAGGAUCUGUAAACGCAUACACUCACAUUACUCUGAUUAAAAAGUGGGACAUCUGUGCAGGGAAUGCAAUCCUUAAUGCUGUAGGUGGGAAAAUGACCACUCUGGAUGGAGACUUCAUUGACUAUUCACCUAACCUGAGUAAUAAGAAUGAACGAGGUCUCUUGGCCACCAUCAACAGCAAGCUGCAUUAUGACUAUCUGGACAAGUUAGGAGGAAAAGCAAAAGAGGUUAUGGAAGCAAAGCUGCAAGUGAAGUCUCAUAGAUAGAAUCAGAUAUGUUGAAUGAAACUAGUAUUAUUUCUUUUCAAAAUUUCAAGUGUCCUUACACACAUUGCAGUUUUACUCAUAUUGUAUAUUACAGUUUGCAAACUCAUGUAGAACAAAAAUGAUUGUAAUUUUUUUUUUUUUUAAAAAAAAGCUAAAUAUUACAGCUAAAUUUUAAGCAUGAUUCUUGUUAAUUGUCAGAUUUUACUGAAUACACUACUUCUUAAUAAUGUGGGAGCACAAAUAAAAAAAAACAUUACUCCCAAUAACCUGUUUAAAAAGAUUCAAAAUAGAAAAUUAAUGCAAUUAUAAUAAUGGUAAUUUGAUUCAGGUUGUUUCAAUUUAAACAUUGCGUGCAUAUUACCAUUACAUGAUUAUGCUAAUUUGUGAUUACAUAUCUGGAAAUGUAAAUACUUUUGGUUUGAUAUAUCAUUAGCAAAUGAUUGGGCAAAUGAUUUAUUUAUAGACUGGAUUAAAUGAAUAUUUUAUUAAUGUCAAUUAUUUAAUCAGUGGCAUAUUUUGAAUUAUUUUUUUUGUAUUUAAAAAUACAUGUGUAUGUUCAUGUGGUUAUAGAUUUUUUUAAUAACCUGCAAUGUAAUUUUAAAUGUUGAUCUGUUCAUCCAGUUUUUCAGUAAAUCCACCUAUCUUAAAUUGUGCUAAUUCACAUAGGAGGUUCAUAACCUCUCUCUCACUCCUUCUUCUGCAAUGCUAUUUUACUGAAUCACUUGAAACUUUUUAAAAAAAUUGCAAUAAAACAGAAAUUCAUUAGUUCACUGUUAAAAUUAUUGAUGAAAAAAUGUGAAAUGUUUAAAAAUUAAUUUUACAAUGCAAUGGCUUGCCAAAAUAAGGACCAAGUGUUAACAGUCAGAGUACUAAAAAGUCUACACUUAAAUAUAUAUUUAUUUUAUCGGUGGUAUGAUUCAUGUAAAUAUUGAUCUCAUGUGCAAUGUAUUGAUUAUAUUUAUUGUUUUGUAAAUAUGGGUGUAUAAUUUAACUUAGAUGGUGUCAAUUUGAAUUAAUAUAUAUGAUUCAGUUUUAUAAAACUUCAGUUAACAGUGUUCACCAGUUAUAUAUUCAUUGUUUUUGGUUUUUAUAAAUGGAUGAGUACCUGACUCUAGUCAGGGAAAGUAAAAUUGGCUGGGCAGAACAUGCUGUGCUGAGGUGUUUUUUUAUUGCAUGGUGGAAUAAUAGAUAAUUUUGUUUUAGGUUUAUACAAGGACGGUUGCUAAAUCGGUUGUCUUUUAAUUUUACAACUAUUUUCAUUGUACUGGUUACUACUUUUCAGUGUUCUUUAAUAGAGUGAUGAGCAGACAUUAUUGGAAAAGAAGUAUUUUUAGAAAAGGGUUUUGAUACAAACUUUUUGUCUAUGAAUUUGAUCAAAGCUACGCAAUGAAUCUUUUAGUUUUUUUGUAAGCUAACAUUGCUUUGCUCAAUAUUAUUUAGCAACUAGUUGCAUUUGCUUAAAAUGUAUGCCUAAUAAAACUAUGUAUUUUUUCAAUACUCAGUAGUUUCUUUUGGUUUAACAAUUGUAUCCACCAUAUUCAAAUUUGAUUUCCCUUUUUCUUUAUUUUGACAUUAUUUUUGGCAGAGUUUGAUUUACUUAGAUCACAUGAGAUAGUAUGAUCAAUAACAUGCACUUGUUUAAGAUGGUACCAAAGAGAUUUUAAUAUUUUUGUGUGUGUUAUAUUUCAAACUAGGAUUUUUAAAUCAUCUCAUACACCUUUGACCAGAAAUAAUUCUAGAUCUGUUAGAACACACAUUCCAACAUCUUGAAUCAGGUGGGUGAAACUAUGGACUUCCACAUCAAUUGUAACUUAUAAUUUCCCAGCUCCCUUGGUUGGAACCCCUUAUGUGACAACCACAAAAAAAGUGUAGUUUCUCACAACUAAUUUAACAUGUAAUUACAUACUUUGCAUGAAAUGUUAGUUUUUCAACAUUGUCUUUCUUUAAAUAAUAAUCUUGGGCAACUUUAAUGUGUAAUACUAUUAGGUAUAAAAAUAGAAUUGCUUGUCCCCCACCCCUCUCCAGUUCUAUGGUUUAAACUUUUUUUGUAAUGAUAAAAUAUUUAAUCAAUAGUACUUCUUCCUGCUUAAGGUCACAUAUAGUUGACAUUUUUUAAAGGGCAUAUUUUUAUACAAAUUGUUAUAGCAUCAUAUACAUACUUUGUUGAACAUAUGGACUUGUGUGAGACCAAUUCCUCUGUCAUGUGAACAUUUUGACAUAGCUUUUUAGUGCCAUUUAUUGAAAUGUUUGUUUCAGUUGGGAUUGUUUAAUUUACUAUAUUCUGGCUGAUGUGUGUUGGCAUCAUUUGUCAAAGGAUUAAUUGUUUAAGUACUUGGUUUCUCAAAUAAAUUGCUGAAA